AUGGAUCAAGAGGACGCAUUCGCGCAGGAGGCGCAAGAAGAAGUCCUGGCCAGGAGGACGUCGUCGGAGUCAGAAGACACUUCCAAGCCGCAGCUGCGCACCAGCAUCACGGACGAGGGUGACUUCAAUGAUGAGAGCAGUCCUCUUAUCUCCGAUCGAUCUCGAGCUUCGCGGCGCCCUGGCGCAGGUGUAGCAAGAGCUGGAGAGAGCUAUACGAGGGCCAUCAACGAGCCUUGGAACGGGUCUCAUGGUGCUGGCUCAUUGCCAUGGUGGAAACGGCCCUCGAUAUACUGGCUGUUGCCGGGGUUUUUACCUUUCUGUCUCGCAUUCGGAGGCCUCAUUGUGCCAAAGCAAUACCUCGUCCUCGAUUUGAUAUGCAGAGACUACCUGUCCGACCGGGCCAGGAAAGACCCUACAUUCAAGUUCAUGCCCGUCGUCCUCGGCGGCGACAACCCCCAGUGUCGCGAUCCGGAGGUGCAAUCCUUGGUCGCAAAGUUCAACCUCUAUUCAAAUCUCCUGUCUGGACUCUUCGCAGCUAUCGUGGCUCCUCAUCUGGGUGCUCUGUCCGAUAGAUAUGGUCGAAAACCAAUUAUGCUGUUUGCCUCACUGGGCGGGUUUGUCAUGGAAGUUGUUACCAUUAUUGUUGGCUCAAAUCCGGACACUGUCUCGGUAUAUUGGAUACUCCUGGGAGCCCUGCUUGACGGACUCUGUGGGUCUUUCACCACAGGCAUGGCGCUUUCCUUCGCAUACGCAUCCGACUGUACCGCGCCCGAGCAUCGCAACAAAGCCUUCGGCUAUUUCCAUGGCACCCUGUUUACGGGUGUAGCAUUCGGGCCUUUGUUGUCUGGAUUUCUAAUGAAGCUCUCCGGAACUGUCAUGAUUGCAUUCUGGCUUGCGUUGGGCUGUCAUUUGUACUUCAUCGUCUUUCUUAUGCUUUUCGUGCCAGAGUCGCUAUCAAAAGAAAGACAAACACUUGCGCGGGAGAAGCACAACCUGAGCCGUAAGGAACAGCCAAAGAGGGGAUGGUGGAAAGCCUUCCGUGCAUGGAACAUGUUCGAGCCAUUGUGGGUUCUAAGACCAACAGGUCCUGGUACAAGUCCUGCUCUCCGUCGGAAUCUCUUCCUUAUUGCAGGCAUCGACACCCUUAUGUUUGGUGUAGCUAUGGGAACUAUCAACAUUGUCCUAAUCUAUGCGCAGUAUAGGUUUGGAUGGGACGAGGUUGCUGCGAGUUUGUACGUUUCCUCGGUCAAUAUUUGCAGAGUCCUCGCCUUGGUCGGUCUACUCCCUCUGCUCAUUCGGCUUUACCGACAUCAUGGAGAUCAACAACCUGGCCACCGAGGUUCAGAUCGUUUGGACAUCAGCAUCAUCCGCACCUCACUCAUUUUCGACUUGAUUGGGUAUCUUGGGUAUGCGCUCACGCCGAACGGUGCAAUCAUGGUUAUGGCGGGACUUGUUGCAUCUAUUGGUGGCAUUGGAUCGCCGACUCUUCAAUCGUCACUUACCAAACAUGUUCCGGCUGACCUUACGGGACAAGUCUUGGGCGCAUCGGCACUAUUGCAUGCGCUUGCCCGUGUUGUUGCUCCUACGGUUUUCAACCUGAUCUACAGCAAGACGGUUAAGAUCUAUGCUGGCAUCGUGUUUGCUUGUCUAGCGUUCAUUUUUAUCAUUGCUUUUGGCAUGAGUUGGUUUCUCAAACCUGGUGGUAUGUAUACAAAUCUGUUCAUUGCAUUCGACUGA